ACAAAAAAUUCAAGGGAGGUUUUCAUAUUUUAUUUUAUUUUUUUACGGCGAAGAGACUCCAAUAGCUUCUAACGUGCAGAAUGCAAACUCACUGCGUCGACGCCUUGCGCAACAACUCUCUUCUCCGCCCGCUUCCAGGGUUCCGCCUCUGCGGUAGUCGCCCCUUGCUGCUCUUCUCUUCCGCCGCACGUAGGGUUUCCUGUAGUCUUCCCAGCAGUGAUAGGCUGUUCCAUGGAUGGAAGCAAAGGGCCGGAAAGUAUGAAACGGUUAGGGCCAAAAAGAAGGACAAUAUUUGGAGCAUCGACAACGAGCUUGCGUCCAAGAAAGCCGAGGAGGAGAAGAAGGGAUUGACCCGGAGGAGGAAGACGGGGAAGAAGAUGAAGGGCGCCAGGAGCAGCGGGGAUUCCAUCGUUAUGGUUUCCGGAGCCAUGCCGACGGAAAUAGAGACCGUACUCCAGACUCAGGAACCAGUUAUCAAACCGUCUUGGGAUAUCUUUGCAAGCAGUCUUACCGGGAUUUGGAGAGGUGUUGGAGCGGUUUUUUCUCCUUUUACUGCUGAGCUGGAACCAAUUGAUGUUGGCAAUCAAAAUGAAAAUCUUUUUGAUUGCUACAGUCUUUCAUGCAUUGAAAAGAUACCAUCCCAAGGCUCUGUCUCUCAAAUUCAUCGGAGGACGAAUUGGGAGGCUUUGAACCCAUUUGGGGAAGCAAGGAAGCAUGCUCAUGCAUCUCCUCGAGCAGCUGGAAGUGUUAAAUCCUCCACUCCUGGUAAACUAAUUUUGGAUGCAGGUGAUAUGAAAGUUGAUUUGCCUAGUUAUGAGUCAUUUGACCUUAGUUAUAGCGAAAUAUCAGAAGAAGAUUCAAUGAGCAUGGAACCAGGCCUCGUUUUCUUUGAGGAUGGAUCGUACUCUAGGGGUCCUGUGAAUAUUUCUGUUGGAACACAUGACGAGUCAAAAUAUUUUCUUUAUCCUACUUAUAGGUUCGAGCAAUGUUUGGUGAAAGGUUGCCACAAGAGACUUCGUAUUGUUCAUACCAUAGAAUUUAAUGAAGGCGGAGCAAAUAUUCAAAUAACAAGGGUUGCCGUCUGGGAAGAAGAGUGGGUCAGCCCAGUCAAUAUUUCUAUUGCAGAUGGUAUUCCAUUUGAUCUCAAACCAAUAUCUCAAAGAAAGCGAAUUCAACCUUCAGAACUGACUGGGUCUUGGAAAGUAUUUGAGAUCAGCGCAACUCCAGUCUUCAGCGAUGCAGAAGCAACUGAAGAAGGUGAUCUACCUUUGGUCUACCUCUGCAUGGAGACAUUGAAGAAGAGGAGCUUGCCUGGAAGCUCAGCCUUCUUUGGUGAGGAGGAAGAAGUCGACUUGAAUGAUGUUACUGCCCUCUGGCUGCCGGGUGGAGUGGUAGGAUAUGUUGAUGUGAAUAAAGAGGGUACCUUAUGCAUAGGGAUUAGUUGGUAUUCUAAUGAAGGGAUUAACCUUGUGAUGGAAAGAGACUAUGGAAUGGAUGGAAACCUCAAGGAGGUGAGGUGGAAAUCUGAGAUCAAGAGGCGGUGGUCCUAGUCACCAUCUCUAUUGCGUUGUAGGUUUUGACGACUAUUUCAUCGGACGAGUCUCCUUGUACUGGCUAGUGGCUUUGAUUUUCUAUUGAGUGAUUUCUUUUUUGCUCUUUCUAUUUUAUGUUUAGUAGCUUGUGUGUGCGUGAUCGAAAUUUUUUGUGUGAUCUAAGUCAGAUUUUUAUUUUUUUGUAGUAUAAAUAUUAAUCAUUGCUGGAACUAUA